GCGUGGCCUUGUGGGCGCCGUAGUUUUCCCUUUUGUCGCCGGCUCCUCCCCAUCCCUUCCGCUCUCGGCUCCCCUGGGACUGCGUUUCCCGUGGUGCGCCGGGGUCGGCUUCCGGUGCAGGUACGGGUCGGUGCACGCGGCGGCAGUGGCGGCACCCGGGUGACUUUGCUUGGGGGCCAUGGAGGGCAGCUUCGGCUCAGACUUCGGGGGUGCGGCGGGGGCCGGGGGCGGGAAGCUGGACCCAGGGCUCAUCAUGGAGCAAGUGAAGGUGCAGAUCGCCGUGGCCAACGCGCAGGAGCUGCUGCAGAGGAUGACGAACAAGUGUUUCCGGAAGUGCAUUGGGAAGCCCGGCAGCUCCUUGGACAACUCCGAGCAGAAGUGCAUCGCGAUGUGCAUGGAUCGGUACAUGGACGCCUGGAAUACAGUGUCCCGAGCCUACAACUCAAGGUUGCAGCGGGAGCGAGCCAACAUGUGAGGCAUGUGCUCUUUUAGUGGACAUGCAGAACUCUAGCUGUGUUGUCCAGACCUCAGAGUGGGUCGGCCCUGGAUACCACCAGGGAGCUCAUUCUCUCACCCUCCCUUCUGACAAGGUGCUUUGAGAAUGAAAGGCAUAAGACAGGGGCAGGGGGGGUGAUUCAUGAAAUUUGGCUCGAUCCCUUGGUGAUUCCCCACCCCCUUCUCAACACACUAAUAAAAGCCCUGUUUGUGGA